UCGUUCUCAGCCAACAGAGUCUCUAGGAUGAUAGAAGAAAUGGGCCACCAUGCCUGAUCUUUUGUUAUCUUACACUUCGUGCUAGAAGCAAUGAAUGGAGAGACACUACUUUCACCACUGGUUGAGAUGUUUCAGUGUUGUGAAGACAGGAAAAUAAUCAAAGAAGUGGAUGCCAGUGAUAGUGGUAAUAUAUGGAACUAGUGACAUUCAGGGAUGUGACCAUUGAUUUCUCUGAAGAGGAAUGGGAGUGCCUGGAACCUGCUCAGAAGAAUUUAUACAGAGAUGUGAUGUUAGAGAACUAUAGAAACCUGGUCUUCCUGGCCAUGACUUCUCAUCUUACUGAAGAAUUUUCACCAGAUCAGGGCAUAACAUAUUUAUUACAAAAAGUAAUAAAGGGAAGAUAUGGGAAUUGCAACCUUGACUAUUUACCACCAAGAAAAUUAUGGGAAACUAUAAAUGAGAGUGAAGUUCAAAAAUCAUAUUAUAAGGGACAAAACCAAUUAUCAGUGACUGUUCAUAAUGAAAAUUUUACUGGUAACAGAUAUCAAGAACAAUUAAUAUCUCAGAAAAUACUGCAAUUUAUGCUUGUUACUUUUCAAGAACUCUUUAUGUCCUUAAGAAUAAAUCCACAGCAAUUUUGGAAGCAUAUAUUUUCUCUGAAAGAAAAUAUGGAAAAUCUGAGAAGACAUCUAGUCCAUGCUUCAAUUUUUAACUUGACCAAUUUCAAAUGUAGCUUUGAGUUAAACUUCCUUUGGAACAUUUUUCUAGACAAGAAAUUUAAAACUAAAGGACUAUCUUCUAAAUGUGAUUAUUUUGAGAGUUUCUUUACAAAGUGUCCAUUAGUAGACAAUAAACAGAUAAUUCCUUCAUGUGCUGAAGCACACAAUUUUAACACUUGUGGCAUUGUCCCUACUUACCCACUAUUGUUUAAUGAAAAUUCAGAUACAGAUUUCUGGAAAACUUUCUACAUAUAUAUUGAAACAAGUAACAUCUUUAGCCAGGUCUCUACCCCAGGUUAUUACCAGCAUAUGUAUAUUGCUGAUAAAAAUUAUGAAUAUGAAGAGCCUCAUAGAAAGUUUAUCAUUGGUAACAAUGCCAGAAAACAUCUGUAUACUCAUUUUCCAAAGAUGUUUUGCAAAGAUAAAAAGCAUGGUAGUUUUUCUCUUCAGUGCUUAAAACUUGUUAGUGAUCCAAAUAUUCAUAAGCAAGACAAAUCUUACAAAUAUGAGACAUAUGAAACAGCUCUUAAUCCACUUGCAGUCCUCAUUCAAUAUAAGAAAAUUUGUACUGGGAAAGAACCCCAAAACUUUAAAAGUUGUAUCAAAGUAUCUGAUUGCUCAACCCUUAGUAAAUACCACAUAUACUACAGCAGUGAUAAACCCUGCAUGUUUAAAGAAUAUGACAAAACUUUUAAUCAGAAAUCGCUACCUGUCAAGCAUCAGAGCAUCCAUGCCCAAGAGAAGCCCUGUAAUUGUAAAGCAAGUCUCAAGUUUAACAAUUUCUCAACCGUUUCUCAAUCCUUGAGAUGUCAUAACAGUGACAAAUUCUGCAAAUGUAAAGAAUGUGGCCAAGCUUUUAAUCAAAGCUCAGUUGUUGUAUGCCAGAAAAUUGAUGUUAAUGAGAGCUCUGAGAAAUGUAAAGAAACUUCCAAAGCCUUACAACAAAAUUCAACCCUUACUCCAAACCAAAGGAAUCAUUCUGGAGAGAAGACUUACAAAUGUGAAGUAUGUGGCAAAGCUUUUAAUCGAAGAUCUCUUGUUAUUCAACACCAGAAAAUUCAUACUGGAGAGAAACCAUACAAAUGUAAAGAAAUUGGCAAAGUUUUUAAUGAAAGAUUACUGCUAACUGAACAUCACAGAAAACAUACUGGAGGGAAGCCCUACAAAUGUAAAGAAUGUAACAAUGCUUUUAAUCGAAAAUCAGACCUUACUAAACACCAGAAAAUUCAUACUGAAAAGAAGCCCUACAAAUGUAAAGAAUGUAGCAAAGGUUUUAAUCGAAAAUCAGAUCUUAAUAAACACCAGAAAGUUCAUACUGGAGAGAAGCCCUACAGAUGUAAAGAAUGUGGCAAAUGUUUUAUUCAGAGAUCAAUACUUACAUAUCACCUGAGAGUUCAUACUGGAGAGAAGCCCUACACAUGUAAAGAAUGUGGCAAAACUUUCAGGCACUAUUCAAGCAUUUUCAAACACCUGAGAAUUCAUACUGGGGAGAAGCCCUACAAAUGUGAACAAUGUGGCAAAUCAUUUAAUCAAAAAUAUAAUCUUGUUCAACACCAGAUAAUCCAUACUGGAGAGAAACCAUAUAAAUGUAAAGAAUGUGGCAAAGGUUUUAAUUAUAGAUCAGUGCUUAUUGAACACCAUAGAAUUCAUACUGGAGAGAAUCCCUACAAAUGUAAAGAAUGUGGCAAAGCUUUUAGGCGUCAUUCCAGCAUUAUCAAACACCUGAGAAGUCAUAGUGGAAAGAAGCCCUACAAAUGUGAACAAUGUGGCAAAUGUUUUAGUCAGAAAUCAAAUCUGGUCCAACACCAGAGAAUUCAUAAUGGCGAGAAACCAUACAAAUGUGAAGAAUGUGCCAAAGCUUUUAGUCAAAGAUCACUACUUAAUGAUCACCGUAGAAUUCAUACUGGAGAAAAUCCCUACAAAUGUAAAGACUGUGGCAAGGCUUUUAGGCAAUAUUCAUGCAUCUUCCAACACCAGAAAAUUCAUACUGGAGAGAAGCCCUACAAAUGUAAAGAAUGUGGCAAAGCUUUUAAGCAAAAUUCAGCAUUUACUAAUCACCAGAGAAUCCACACUGGAGAUAAGCCCUACAAAUGUAAAGAAUGUGGCAUGGCUUUUGCCCGAAGAUCAGCACUUACUAGACACCACAGCAUUCAUACUGCAGAAAAGCCCUACAAAUGUAAAGAAUGUGGCAAAGCUUUUAAGCAUAUUUCAGCAUUUACUAAUCACCAGAGAAUCCACACUGGAGAGAAGCCCUACAAAUGUAAAGAAUGUGGCAAAGCUUUUAGGCAUCAUUCAAGCAUUAUCAAACAUCGUAGAAUUCAUACUGGAGAAAAACCCUACAAAUGUAGAGAAUGUGGCAAAUCUUUUAGGCAUCACUCAAGCAUUAUCAAACACCAGAGAAUGCAUACUGGAGAGACACCCUACAAAUGUGAACAAUGUGGCAAAACAUUUAAUCAGAAAUCAAACCUUGUUCGACACCAGAGAAUUCAUACUGGAGAGAAGCCGUACAAAUGUAAAGAAUGUGACAAAUCUUUCAGUGAAAGGUCUGUGCUUGUGGAACACCACAGAAUUCAUACUGGACAUAAUCCCUACAAAUGUAAAGAAUGUGAUAAAUCCUUUAGGCAUCGUUCAAGCUUUAUCAAACACCGGAGGAUUCAUACUGGAGAGAAGCCCUACAUAUGUAAAGAAUGUGACAAAGCUUUUAAUCAAAAAUCAGGCCUUGUUCAACACCAGAGAAUUCACACUAGAGAGACUAAAUACGUUUAAAAAUUGUUUGAAAUGACAACAUUUUAAAUGAAAGGUUCUUGCUUACUGACCAUAGGAGAGUUUAUACUGGACAGAAGAUCUAUGAAUGAAAACAAUGUGGAUGAACUAUUAACAAAAGAUCAGUCUUUCAAUAUCUCUAAUGAAAAUAGAUGCAAAAAUCCUCAAUAAAAUUCUGUCAAAUCGAAUACAAAAACAUAUCAAAAAGAUUGUGCACUAUGAUCGAGUGGGAUUCAUUCCAGGGAUGCAAGGUUAGUUCAACAUAUGGGAAUCAAUAAAUGUAAUUCAUCACAUCAAUAGAUUUAAAGAUAAGAAUCAUAUUAUCAUCUCUAUAGAUGCAGGAAAAAAAUCAUUUGACAAAAUACAACAUCCCUUUAGGUUCAAACACAUUUGUAAAGGCUAUCUACGCUAAGCCUCAGGCCAACAUCAUUCUAAAUGUAGAAAAAUUGAAGGCAUUCCCUCUAAAAUCUGGAACAAGACAGGGAUUCCCUCUCUCACCACUUCUAUUCAACAUAG